AGGUAAACAAGAUGGCGACAACCUGAGUAGCAAGAGUAACACGAAGAGUCAGAAAUUUGUUACUGAUAUACUCACAAACCCGAGCUAAAAAUCAGUUUCAGCCUGGACGGACGCUCAGACACGGAAUAAAACCUGCAACGGGAACAAGAUUCACAUGGAUAAAGGCACUGGGCAAUAAGAACCGUGGUGGCAUGGAGGACACCUGAGGACGGUUGGACACAUUGGAUGGCUCAGUCGACCUCCAGGAGCCGGGCUGAUACAAGAGAUUGGGCUGAUACUGCUGCAUGCAUUUGGCUGUAGAUCUGUGCUUGGAUCCAGUCCAGCUGUACACUCAUUUAUCCUGAGGGAACCUAUGCCAUGAAGCAUGGACCCCUGACAGAAAUGCUGUGCUGCAUGGCCUUGAAGCAGGACUGGUUGCCUCUACUUAAGGCUGUAUGGUAUUAAAUUCAUAUAGAGGUGAUUUAGAAGAAAAGACAAACAAUUUAGAAUCACAAUAUUUCUGUUCAACUGCACUUGUCACACACGUAGUACAAAAAUGCACAGUACAAAGCACUAACUUAGCACUGGAUCUAACCGGUUCUUCACCUCCGUUCACACCUCUUGAGAGAAAAGAGCCCUAAUGUUUACAAAUUGGGAUCAAUCCCCCACCUCCUCCCUCAACUCUCAGGCCUAACUAUUUCCUCUCCCAUGUUCAGUAUUUUGUAAUUCAUCUGUAUUCCAUCUCGUGGAAUUAAAACACUCGGCUCAGUGCUGAGAGGUUACCAGUGGAUUACUCUCCAGCAGCAAUCAUAGCUAUUUGCAAACGUUUUUGCACAGAAGGCUUUAAGUUGUCGCUGUCGAACUAUCAGUCAUGAGUACCGAGGUGAUCUACCAGCCACGGAGGAAGAGGGCAAAGCUGAUAGGAAAAUACUUGAUGGGGGAUCUGCUCGGGGAGGGAUCUUAUGGCAAAGUGAAAGAGAUGCUGGACUCAGAGACACUAUGUCGCAGGGCUGUCAAAAUACUGAAGAAGAAGAAGCUGAGGAGGAUUCCCAAUGGAGAAGCUAAUGUGAAAAAGGAGAUUCAGCUGCUAAGAAGACUCCAACACAAGAAUGUGAUUCAGUUGGUGGAUGUGCUCUACAAUGAAGAGAAGCAGAAAAUGUAUAUGGUGAUGGAGUAUUGCGUUUGUGGGAUGCAAGAAAUGCUGGACAGCGUCCCAGAAAAAAGGUUUCCAGUAUUUCAAGCUCACGGGUACUUUUGCCAACUCUUAGAUGGCCUUGAAUAUUUGCACAGCCAGGGAAUAGUUCACAAAGACAUUAAACCAGGGAAUCUGCUGCUGACCACAGACGGGGCACUUAAAAUCUCCGACUUGGGAGUAGCAGAGGCCCUUCACCCGUUUGCGGAGGAUGACACAUGUCGCACCAGUCAAGGCUCUCCGGCCUUCCAGCCUCCAGAGAUCGCCAACGGACUGGACACCUUUUCAGGGUUUAAAGUGGACAUUUGGUCUGCUGGAGUAACACUAUACAACAUUACAACGAGCCUGUACCCAUUUGAGGGGGACAACAUCUAUAAGCUAUUUGAGAACAUUGGAAAAGGAGACUACACUAUUCCUGAGGAGUGUGGACCUCUCCUGUCAGAUCUGCUGCGAGGAAUGCUCGAGUACGACCCAGCAAAGAGGUUUUCCAUACAGAACAUCAGGCAACACAACUGGGUACGUAAGAAACAUCCUCCGUCGGAGCCUCCGGUGCCCAUCCCUGCCAGCGCGGAGAGCAGGGAUCCUUGGCGAAGUAUGACGGUGGUGCCCUACCUGGAGGAUCUGCACGGUUACACAGAGGAGGACGAUGACGAGCUCUACGACGGAGAGGAUGAGAUAAUCUACACUCAGGACUUUACAGUGCCAGGACAAGUGGUUGAAGAGGAUCAGGGGCACGCAGACCACAGUCCAGCUCUAGCCAAGCCAGUUUGUGUGAACGGGACAGAGGGGGGGGCUCUGAACAGCAAGGCCAAAGCCGAACGCCGAUCCUCCUCUUCAUCUAACCCCUCGCGUAAAGGAGUCUCCACAGGCUCUGCUUUCUGA